CUAUUUUAACCCUGCAAUGAGCACUGGUGUAGUAAAUACUACACAAUACUGCCUGUCUAACAUGCUGUGCUAACUAUCCAGUCUUACAAGACAGCGUCUGCAACCUCUUAACCUCGCGUAUUUUUAUUUAUAAAUAAAUAAAUUACAUAUCGUUAGCCUUUCUCAUUGGUCACAUACACUUUCCUUAAGUAUCGGGCCACACUGGACGGAAUCAAAUCCAAGUGUAUGACGGCGCCAAACUUUAAAUGUUCAUUUUGACUUUAUCAAAACCCCCGUGUCAAAACUCUUGUUGUCUGGUUGUAAGCACCGCCGUAAGAGAAGAAUAUCAAACAAAACGUCCUUCCUUUGUUUGUACCCUUCGGGGUACGUUAGCUAAAUAUCCAUUUCGUUUUAUUAUUGGCUGUAAUGAAGUUUAUGAAGGUUCUGGAAAAGUUUUUUUUUUUUUUUCAAUUUUCUUUUUUUUUUCACUGUAAAAUUCAACUAAAUAAUUUCCCAGCUUUUGCAGGUCAGUAAUUUUUUAGCAGUCAAUACUUUCACAAUACUUGGUAUUUAUUGUGAAAACAAACUAAAAUUCCUUUAAGCUACUAUACUGAGAAAAACGAAUUGUAAUUGAAAAAUUUUUUUUUCUUUUUUUUUUUUUAUUUGUGGCGUGAGACAUUGAAACGUUACAGCUUCUGUAUGAAAAUUAAAUACGGACAGGCAUUCAUCAUGCAAAUGUGUAUGUGCUGCUGUCUGUUGAGAUAAGGUCUUGUUGUAUUUGAUUGGGAAAUUGUAACCCACAACUUCACGUCAAUGUGUGUCUUGUGAAUGUUAUAGACUUAAAAAAACAACAACAUAUAGCGAUAGUUUUAAACCUAUCUACAACGGUUAGAUGUAGUCUCUUAAAUACAGAUUGGCUAUAUCAAACUAAUAAUGUACAUUUAGUGUGGACAGUUUUUAGUAAGCCAUUAAGAUUACGCGAAGUUGUUUAAGACAGUAAAGCUGUCCUCCUCAGCUCUGUGCAGCGCCGCCGCAAAAGGUGACGUCACUCUCCAAGACAGCCGAACUACAUCGCGGAAAAACACACCAGUUACACAUAUCUUUUAUUUGAAUAAUACGAAAUCGUUUAACAGUCCUCCAACUCGGUUAAUAAGGUCUUUACGCGACUUUGAAAGCCAUUCAAGCACCGAAUUGUCAAAAAAAAAAAACCCACAGAAGUUGCCGUAGGGAGAAGUGAAAGGACAGAUUUAUUUUUCUCCCCCCUUCCGGCGGAAGUAUCUCGUAUAGCUGAGGCCUCAUCACUUCAAUGGCGACCGAAAGCUGGUUGAAUAAAGAGCUGGUGCUGCUGCGGAGGGGGUCGGAGGAGUGUGAGAGCAAAUAAAUAAAUAAAUAUUAGAAGAAAUAAUCAUAAAUUACUACUGCAAAUAUUCACACAUUAACAAUGGCCGACACAGCGGCCAAAUGUCAGAAUGUGUCGCUCCUUGAAUCGGAGCUUUAUUACCUGAUUGCGCGUUUUUUAUCGAAAGGCCCUUGUCGGAAAGCGGCGGAGGUCUUGGUGGGGGAGCUGGAGGAUUACGAGCUUCUUCCAAAACGAUUGGAUUGGGAAGGCAAUGAGCAUCCCAGAACGUAUGAAGAUUUGGUUCGUGCGAACAAACAUGUGGCGCCUGAUCAUUUGCUGCGGAUUUGCCAACAAAUCGGCCCGCUUCUGGACAAAGAAGUUCCAUCAUGUGUGGCAGGGGUCCGAUCCCUGCUUGGUGCAGGGAGACAGUGCAUACUUCGAACCACCAAAGAUUGCAAAAAUGUUGUUUUGAAGGGCCUGGAUUUUGCAACUCUCCACAGAGGAAGACCACCUGAGUUGCCUGUAUGCUACAGAGGCCCUCCAAAUCUGGUCGAGGUUUAUCGCGGGAGAGAGCUGACGGGAGCAGACCGUUUUAGUUCAAUAUGUCCUGGGAGCGCCUACCAACACAUGAAGAUGCGCAGGAGAAUCCUUGGUCAUCUUUCAGCUGUUUACUGUGUUGCGUUUGACCGCACUGGACAGAGGAUUUUUACUGGCUCUGAUGACUGCCUGGUGAAGAUCUGGUCCUCCUUUGACGGUAGUUUGCACUCUACACUGAGAGGCCAUUCAGCAGAGAUUUCUGACCUGGCUGUUAACUUUGAGAACACUCUCAUAGCUGCAGGCAGCUGUGACAAAGUGAUCAGAGUGUGGUGCCUCCGGACCUGCGCCCCAGUGGCUGUGCUGCAGGGCCAUUCUGGGUCCAUUACUUCCUUACAGUUUUGUCCAAUGGCUAAAGGCUCUGUGAGAUACAUGGUGUCCACUGGAGUGGAUGGGACAGUCUGCUUUUGGCAGUGGGAUGCCAACAACAUGACGUUUAACACUCGCCCACACAAGUUUACAGAAAGACCCAGACCAGGAGUACAAAUGAUUUGUUCUUCAUUUAGUGCCGGUGGCAUGUUCUUAGCAACUGGCAGCACCGACCAUGUGAUUCGAAUGUAUUUUCUUGGCAGUGGAAGCCCUGAGAAAAUUGCAGAACUUGAGUCGCACACGGAUAAAGUUGACAGUAUUCAGUUUUGCCACACUGGGGACAGAUUUGUGAGUGGCAGCAAAGAUGGAACAGCUCGAAUCUGGAAUUUUCAGCAGCAUAGGUGGAGAAGCAUUUUGCUGGAAAUGGCUUGCACAUUAGAAGAGCCUGUAAUCGCACCAGAUGAAAAGUUUUUCAAGCCAAAAGUGACAAUGAUUGCUUGGGAUCGACAUGAUAACCAUGUUAUCACGGCUGUUAAUACCCAUCUGGUUAAAGUGUGGCAUUCUUACACGGGGCAACUGCUUCACAUCUUGAAGGGCCACGAGGAUGAAGUGUUUGUGCUGGAGCCACAUCCCUUUGACCCCAGAAUUGUGCUGUCGGCUGGUCAUGACGGAAACAUCUUUAUAUGGGACAUAACCAAAGGCACAAAAACACGGCACUAUUUCAACAUGAUUGAGGGUCAAGGUCAUGGUGCUGUGUUUGACUGUAAGUUCUCACCAGAUGGGCAGCACAUUGCCUGCACAGAUUCUCAUGGGCACCUGCUCAUAUUUGGAUUUGGAUGCAGUAAGCCUUAUGAAAAGAUUCCAGACCAGAUGUUUUUCCACACUGAUUACCGACCCCUUAUUCGAGACGCCAACAAUUACGUCUUGGAUGAGCAGACCCAGCAGGCUCCCCACCUCAUGCCUCCACCCUUCUUAGUGGAUGUUGAUGGAAACCCACACCCCACUAAGUACCAGAGGCUUGUCCCGGGAAGGGAGAAUCUUGCAGAUGAGCAACUGAUUCCUCAACUGGGAUAUGUUGCAACAAGUGAUGGCGAGGUUGUGGAGCAGGUGAUCAGCCAGCAGACCAGUGACCAUGAUGAACAAGUCCGGGAGCUCAAUGUGCUCGAUGACAUUAUCAGACAGUUACAGGAGCAACAGGACCAGAGGAGUAGAGAGCCAGCUGCCCUCCCAAAUGGGCCACAAAACCAGGAAGGCACCCCUAGAAGAGUUUUCAGAAAUCCAAGUGUCGAAGUUCAGUCCUCCCCGAAUGUCGGCCUUCGUCGUAGUGGGCAGGUUGAAGGUGUGCGGCAGAUGCAUCAGAACGCUCCGAGAAGCCAGAUGGCCACGGAGCGCGACCUCCAGGCCUGGAAAAGAAGAGUUGUGGUGCCAGAGUUGUCACCGUACAUACUCAAGAGACAGGAAGACUACAGGCUAGCAAAAGGGGCAGAAGAGUUGGUUCUGUAUACAACGGAAAAGAAAAGAAAGUCCUCGCAUGGAUCAUUCAAGGAUGAUUCUGAUGAUGGCAGACCACGCACAAAAAGAAAAAUGCGACCACGUCGGCCAAAGCAGACAAGCUAUCGAACCCGUAACACUGCAGUAGAUCAGCUUGUUGAGUUUUCUUGUGAAGAAGGGGAUGAGACUGAAAGCUCCUUAUCAGAAGAGGAGUAUGAAAUAACAGAUAGUGGAGCUUUUUGGAUUUCUAAUGAGGAAGAAGAGGCUGAAGAGGAGUGGAAAAGUGAAAGCAACAGUUCAAGCAACUCCUCCAGUGAGUACUCUGACUGGACUGCAGAUGCAGGAAUCAACCUCCAGCCUCCCACCCGCAGCUCCUCCAGGAGGAGAGCGAGGCGCAAGCUCAGCAGCUCGGAGGAGGAAGAGUCAGCUGAGGAGCAGUGUGCCGGGGCUCCAAAACCAAAGAAGCCUAAAGAAAGAACACCAAAGGGUCCAAGUCAGAGACCAGCCUUAAACAGAGAAAUAUCGAAUGAGUUCCGUCCUUCUGCUUGGAUCACUGACGUCAUUCCCCGGAAGUCCCCAUUUGUUCCCCAAAUGGGCGAUGAGGUGAUCUAUUUCCGUCAAGGCCACGAAUCUUAUGUUGAAGCGGUGAGAAGAAAUAACCUUUACGACAUCAACCUUGACAAGCAACCCUGGAAGAAGUUGGAGCUCAGGGAUCAAGAGUUUGUUAAAAUUACCGGAAUCAAGUAUGAAGUUUGCCCUCCGACACUGUGCUGUCUGAAGCUGUCUCUCAUAGAUCAUGGCACAGGGAAGUUGAUGGAUAAAUCGUUUUCUGUUAAGUACCAUGACAUGCCUGACGUAAUUGAUUUCCUUGUUUUGAGACAAUGUUACGAGGAAGCAAGGCAAAGAGACUGGCAACCAAAUGACCGAUUCAGAUCGGUUAUUGAUGACGCGUGGUGGUUCGGGACCAUCUUAUGUCAAGAGCCAUAUCAGCCAGAGUAUCCUGACAGUCACUUCCAGUGCUUUAAAGUUCAGUGGGACAAUAAUGAGAUUGAAAAGGUUAGCCCUUGGGAUGUGGAACCUAUUCCAGAAAAUGCUCAGCAGCCUGAUCAGAUCGGUGGAGGUGUCCCAGUGACCCCCGAGGAACUGAGCAGACUGAUGUAUCAGCCUCAGAAGGGAGAAUGGGGAUUAGUAAGGUCCAUGGACGAAGAAUGUGAACGAAUUAUCAGCGGCAUUGAUCAGCUCAUGGUUCUUGACUUUGUGACCCCCUUUGCUGCCCCAGUGGACAUUCUCACGUAUCCUGCGUACUGUACAGUAGUGGCAUAUCCUACAGACCUUGGUACUAUCAGGAUGAGGCUUGUGAACAGGUUUUACAGGAAGAUCUCUGCUCUUGUGUGGGAGGUGAGAUACCUUGAACACAAUGCCAGAACAUUCAAUGUGCCAGGAAGCUCAAUUGCACGAUCAGCAAAGAAGAUCACUGACAUUCUCCUCAAGUUUAUCAACAAACAAGACUGUACAAACAUUUUGGAGCUUUAUGGCACAAUGGAUGAGACCAGUUCAGAAGAACAGGAACAGAAUGACAAUGAUGCUCCUGGAACAUCGACUGGAAGAAGACUACGUCAAUGCCGGAGUGGGAAGAGAAGCACUGUGGAAGUAACCUAUGAUGUAGAUGCAUGGAAGCAGCAGUGCAAAUCUUUGCUUGAAUACAUCUUUCAGUGUGAGGACUCUGAACCUUUCCGACACCCUGUAGAUGAGAACGAGUAUCCAGACUACCUGAAUAUUAUAGACACACCAAUGGACUUGGAAACUGUGAGGAAGGUGUUGGAUGAAGACCGGUAUGAAAACCCAACAGAGCUUUGCAAAGAUAUCCGGUUGAUAUUUAGCAAUGCAAAAGCCUUUACACCAAAUAAGCGGUCUAAGAUAUACAGCAUGACUUUGCGACUGUCUGCGUUCUUCGAGGAACGUAUACGAUCGAUUGUCUCUGACUAUAAAACAGCGGUGAAACACAGUGCAAAACUCCGUCGCAGUCAGAGGUUCAGGAAGAAAUUGCAGAACCGAGAAUCUUCAGUCUCUAGUAGUCGUGCUUCCAGUCUGGAGAGAAAACAGAAACAGAUUAAACCUCUGGAAAAAGUGGAAGUGGUUUUCUCCAAGAAGUCUACAAAAUCGACUAAAGCCUCAGUCACCUUGAAAUCCACGAGAUGGAGUGGCGGCACUAGCACGUCUGGAGACUCCUCCAGUGAAAACUCUGAGAGCUCCUCAGCCUCGUCGGUGUCAUUUAAAAACAACACCAAGGCGAGAGCAGCAACCUCAGGAGACAGCUCUGAAGAAUCAUCGUUUGAGAGUGAAAAUGAAUCGCCCUCUAGUGGCUCCAGUGAAAAUGAAGAAAAUUCUGCAAAACCUUCAGGCUGCACUCGUGUCUAUCAGAAUGGUGAAACUAACACAAAUACCACGAGCAGAAGGGUGACGAGAAAUAAUGCAGCAUUGGACAGGCGCAAACAAGAAAAUGGACACAGCAGAAGAGCUUGCCGUAACCAGCUGAGGAGGUUUGAUAGCAGCUCGGAGAAAGAAGAGAAUUCUCCAGCUCCAAGUGAAGAGGACGAGGAGCCGCCGAGUCUUGCUAGACGCAAAGCUCCCAGGAGGACAGCUGCUGCUGCUGCUGUUAAUAUAAUGGCGAUGAGCCACUCUAAUGAGGAAGAGGAGGAGUCUCCUUCAGAGGAUGAAAGUUGUAAAGGAUUCAGCAGGGACCUGAAAAAGAAAUCUCCACUGCAGAGCCGAUCUGCAGGGGCGGAAUCCUCUCUGCGGAAUGUGAAAGCACAAGGCAACGGGCACAAACGGCCACGUCGAAAAACUAGAAAAACAAAGCAGGAAGUCAGUUCGGAAGCAGAAGAGGGAUCCAGUUCGGAAAGUUGUGCUAGCAAAUGUAGCCCAAAGAGGAAAAUGCCGCCACGAUCCAGGAGGAAAAAGCCUGAACAGGAUCGGGUGGAAGAUGAGUGGGAAGGCCGUACUGUGGCAGCCACACGUGCACAGAAGAAAGCUUUACUGAAGGAUGAGAAGUCUGCCACGGACAGUAAAAAUGGAAGAAGCGACUCUGAAAAAGAGGAAUUCUCUUCCUCUAGUAAUCGGCAAGCAGGCAUUGGAAGGAAGCUGGCCCCUCGAACUGCAGCCAGGAAAAAUAAACGCAAAAUAUGUUCUGAAGAGGAAUCUGAAUCAAGCAAGGGUUAUGAAAGCAGUCUGAAUAGAAAAAGCAAGUCCUCCACAGCCUCGGAGGAUACUGAAUCGGAGAGUGAAGGAACAAACUCAGAGAGACAGAAAUUUCCCAAAAGAACGCUCCGUAGCUGCACCGCUGUGGCCACUUCCAGAAAAAAAACGUCAGACAGAGACUCAUCGACAUCACAAUCUGAGAGUACAGGGCAUGAGCAAAGAAGGAGAAAUCUGCGCCAUCGAACUACCUCAGGGAAAUGGUUAACAUCAGGCUUUGAAGGGAAAUGGGACUCCAUCAGGAAGCUGCCCCAUCGAACAGCUGCCACGAAGAAGAAAUACACAGAAGAAUCUGAAGGGGCUGCAUUCGAGUCCGAGCCAGAAGUUCUGAAUGGCAACUGUGACAGCAGGAAACUGCCCAGUCAAGCUGACAGCAAAGCAAAUACAGAGAGUGACACAAGAGAAGAGGGACCACCGUCUGAGCUCAAGGAGAACACUAGUGUUGGCAGAAGGAAACUUUCCCAACAAAGCUCUGCUAGGAAAAAGUAUAACCCUGGAUCAUCUGAAGAAGUGAGUGCUCAGUCUCGGGGGCAGAAGAAAAAAAUACGAGAGGGGACAAAAUGGGAUGGGAACUCUGAAGAAGAAAGAUCGCAGUCGGAGGAUGAGGUAGGGGCUCACAAGAGCAAGUCUGCUUUUGAAAAAAAGAACAUUCGGGCAGAUUCGGAGUCAAACUCAGAAUCGGAGAGGAAUGGCAGGAAAAUAUCAGCAGUCUCAACUAGAAAAAGAAGGCUCUUAAGUGAUUCAGAAGAGAGUGCUGAAUCUGACAGGAAGGAGAAUCACGCAGGCAAAAAAAGCUGCAGGAGAGCCCCUGUAUCAGAGUCUGAAGCAGAGGACCAAGAUAGCAGGGAGGUGUCGUCUUGUCCUGUGAAACAGUCUGAGGAUGAAGAAUGGCAAUGUCCUCUGGUGGCGAAUAGUAGAAAGAGGCCCUCAUCUGGGAUUUCAAGAAAAAGGAAGCUUCGCAGAAAAAGCAUCAGGAAACGGAAAAGGGAUUCCAGCAGCGAGUCAGAAUCAAACAGCAAUGAUUCCUCCAGCUCAGAAUCAGAGUCUUUAAAUUUAGGAGCAGGAUCUGGAUCGGAUUCCAUGGACAGCAGUGUUGAUAGCUUAGAAAGAAACCCAAAUAAGAGAAAAGGAAAAAGUGCAGCCAACAGCCAUCUCGCUGUUCGGAAGUCUAAAAGAAAACGAAGAGAGCUUGCAGUACAUGACGAAGGAGGAGGUGGUGAUGAUGACGACGAUGAAUUUGUGCCGGGCUGUGGAAAAUCACAGAGAGUCUCUUUGAUCAGGACAAGAAACCGAGGUAGACAGACUGUAAGAUAUGCUGACUGUGAAUAAAGGUAUAAAGGGCAGUCUAUCUCGAGAACUAGUCUGAAUAGUUGUGUAAAAAAGCAAAAAACUAAACACAAACCUUAAGGACAACGAUUGAUUGUCCUGAGAAGGUAGUAGCACUGGAACCCUUUAGCAAAUACUGUGAAUAUAUUUGUUUCAUUCAGGGAUUAAAUUUGUUUUCUAUGAAAAAAAUUAAGUUUGUAAGAAUUAUGACUGUUAACUAUACAGGCAUUCAACUUGCCAUUUUUGCAAGGUUUAGCACAGAUGCCUUCUGUGCCUCAUUUUGGGGGCUGAUGAUAUAUAUGUCUGGGGGGGGGGUUAUAAUAACAGUGCUUUUGUAAUUGUCAGCCAGAGAAGUUUGUGUGGAGCGUUAACGGCUUAGGUGCUACGUUGAAAUACCUCUCAUCAUAACUAAUUUGCUGGCUUGAACUAAAAUGCACUGUAUACAAGUACAUUAGCAACUCAGGGGUUAAAAAAAAUCAAUUCUAGUGUUUGCUGCAAUCUAACCCUUGCACUGUCUUUCAAUAGCAAAAUAAAUGAUGAUUUUGAAAGUAGCAAUUGCUGUUGGGUUAACACAUAUGCACUGGCCUUGAACUAAUAAACUACACUCCACCCCAAUAUUAGAGCCAAGAACUUUACAUACUGUAUCUGUGUGAGUAUUAUGUAAAAUGGGGUAAAGAGCACAGGACUACAGAUGUUAAAUUAGAACUAGUGAUGCUAUUGAAUGAGAUGUUAGAAGUGUGAGCAGGAGUUUAAAUGCAGAUUUAAAAUCUACUGUAAAGAAGAAAGUGGCCCUUUAUUAUUUUAAGUUCCAGAGCAUUGAAAAGCAAUGUAUAAGAAUAUGCUCUUCCCUGCUGAAGGAAUGGUGACUUUAUCCUAAAACUACUAAAGGUUAGUUUUCAUUCCAUUAAUUACAGAGCAAAAUGGUUGUUGUGUAUAAAAGUUAACCCUUUUCUUUAAAGUCUGGAAGAAAAAGCAGUUCAAACCACUUCCUUUUUCUCUGAAUUCUGUUAAGUCAUUGUGACAACUUCCAAAAAUGUAAUUGUUCACAGUGCCAUAUUCAAACUCAAACAACUUCUGCGUUAAUUACAGAUUCUUAGUGCUACUCAUGAGCAACAUAAACACUUCUUAAAGUAAUCAUGGAUUUUGCUGUGAACUUUAAUAAAAAUAUAAAAUGCACAUGGAUAUAGCAUAUGGUUUGUUGGUGCCUUCUGCUUUAAA